UACACCAACACCCCUUACGUCCACGAAGAUCCUAUAUAGCUUGCAAGCUCAAACCAACCAUCGAUCACAAGUCGUCCUCGUGCCGCCAGACUCGAAGCUUUUGGGACUCGAGCAUGGCGACUUCCUCCUCCAUCAGCUGCUGCGUCGUGCCUCCAGCUCCGCCCAAAGAACCUAGCUUUCGUCUCCAGCCCACGCAUGCACCGAGGUCGGGCGGGUUGCGCCGGGCGUGCGUGGCGGCCGCGGCGUGCGCCGUCAUGGGGAUGGCUGAUGGCGGCGGCAUGGACCUUGCACAGGGCAGCACGGCCGCCUCAAGGGCCGACGACGUGGUGGCCGUGCAGGUGCCGGCGCGGUGGAGCGACCGCAGGCAGUGCCCGCCGUGGCGUGCCAACUCGCUGGAGAACAUCGUGCCGGAGAACCUCCCUCGGCCGUCGGCGCGCCGGAGGUUCAACAGCAUCACGGCGGCGGAGAGGGCAUCCCCUGCCCUCGCGCCUGACGCGGUGGCGCCGUUCCUGGCGCUGCGCUCCGGCAUGGGUUGCUUCUCCCUCUAGCACUCCGCAACAAUUACAGUUGCAUCUGUAGGGUAUUUGUAAAGGGGUGAUUAGAUUAGCAAAAUGGGCACCCGGAUUAAGGAAGGUAGUAUUGGUUUUUAUAGAUUUUAGAAGAAAUAAUUUGCUCCACUCGUCAAUAUUGUUCGCUAGAGUGGGAGUUUUUUUUCCCGAAAGAGGGUAAGAGAGUUGACCAGAUCCAAAUAAACAGUAUAGCUAGAUUUAUGUUUAUCUCAGUGAAGAGAAACCUGAGCUAGAGUGAGAGAUGGAACAUUUAGACAUUGUUUGAGCUUUCGACUCUAUAUCAGUUCUUAUGUUUCUAAAUUAAGAUUAAGUGAUUUAAAUCUA